CUGAAUUCUUGCCCAAAGACUCCGGGGCGUGAAGCCCAGCGCUAGCCACGAUGGAGACAGUAUCGCGGAUCUCGUCCAUGCUGGAAACAGCCCGCGAACUCACCCUUGAAGCCGCCCACUCCGCCAGCAGCGUCAGAGCCCAGAGAUCAAGCUAUUCCCCUCGAAAUGCCUCCUCCUCACAAAUUAAGAAGCUCCUGGAUAGCAGGGUUGAUCGAGAGAUCCUCGAUGGCCUGCGAAAAGUCAUUUCGAUGAUGUACAGGUCGGAAUCAUGCCUAGCUUUCUUCUCCUCCGUCGUCAAGAACGUGGCAAACCCGAAUGUUGAGGUCAAGAAGCUUGUUUACAUAUAUCUGUUAAAGUAUGCGGAGGAAGAGCCGGAUCUCGCACUUCUAUCAAUCAAUACGAUCCAGAAAUCCCUCACCGACCAGAACCCCCAAGUACGUGCGUUGGCCCUACGGACAAUGUCGGGAAUUAGAGUUCCAGUGAUAAGUCAAAUUGUCUCCCUGGCGAUCAAACGCGGGUGCGGUGACAUGAGUCCGCAUGUACGCAAAGCUGCUGCGUUGGCCAUUCCAAAAUGCUACCGCUUGGAUCCGAGUACGUUGCCUCAGCUCACAGAAUAUCUUUCAACACUACUAGGCGACCAUCAGUAUUUUGUGGUUGGGCCGGCUGUGGCUGCGUUCACGGACGUUUGCCCGGAGAGGAUCGAUUUGAUUCACAAGCACUACCGCAGUAUCGUGAGGAAGUUGGUCGAUAUGGACGAGUGGGGUCAGCUUGCAACCCUAAGGCUCAUGACAGUGUACGCACGGAAGUGUUUUCCACGAAGGACGCAAAAGGUCAAGAAGUCUACCCUGAAAGGAUUCUAUGAUGAUGAACAUGAUGCCAGUGGCGAGGUCGAGGAAGGGGAAGAAGAAAUAGAAGUGGUGGACCCCGAUCUCGAUAUGUUUUUAAAAGCUUGCAAACCACUACUCCAGAGCCGAAACUCAGCAGUUAUCCUUGACGUUGUGCGGUGUUUCCGGUAUUUAGGGACCGUCGAACAGCUGGAAUCCGCCGUGGGGCCGAUGGUUGCCUUACUCCGCAGCCCCCAGGAUAUCCGGCAGAUCGCGUUAUACAACAUUGUCGCCAUCGCACUGCUUAUUCCUAAGGCGUUCACGAAAUACAUCAGCCAUUUCCUGGUUCAGUCAACAGACCCGCCACAAAUAUGGAUUUUGAAGCUGGAGCUUUUGACUAUCUUAUUCCCUCAUUGCGGAAUGCAUAUGAAGGGACUUAUUCUCAGUGAAUUGGAGCACUUCUCAAAUGGGUUUGACGCUGAUCUGGUCCGAGAAAGUGUUCGCGCCAUUGGCCGAUGUGCUCAGAAUGACGCCAGUACAUCCGGGAAAUGCCUCAAUAUCCUCUUUAGACAACUCUCGAGUGUUGAUGAGAACCUAGUCUCGGAAGCCCUGACAGUUAUAAGACACCUUAUUCAACAGGAUCCCGCUUCGCAUAAGAGCACCGUUGUGGUGCUCGCAAAACGGCUUGAUACGACGACGAGUCCAGAGGCUCGAGCGACGAUCAUAUGGUUAGUCGGAGAAUUUGCAGGGAUGGACUCUAAAAAUAAUAUAGCACCUGACGUUUUGAGGGUCCUAGCCAAGGGGUUUGCAGACGAAUCUGAAACGGCGAAGCAACAAAUUCUCCUACUAGGGGCUAAGGUAUACCUCCAUCAUCUUUUAAAUAAGGCAAAGUCCCAAGAACCUGCCCAGUCAAGCGAAGAGCCUAAGGAACAAUCGGAAGCCGCCAACAGCCCCGAAGAGAGUGCCCCACAGGAGGACACCAUCACAACUCUCUGGCGAUAUAUCCUUCUCCUGGUUCGCUACGAUACGUCUUAUGAUCUUCGAGAUCGAGCUCGACUAUUUAAGGCUCUUCUGGAAAAUCCUGCAUCCACGGAGCUGGCCAGCCUGCUCCUUCUUGCACCAAAACCAGUUCCUCACACCCCUUCGCCCUCUGAAUCGAGAAAAGACUUCCUUCUCGGCUCGGCCACGCUUGUCAUAGGUUCUGAUGCGGGUGUCCAUGGUCUGAAGGGUUAUGAGUCCUUACCAGACUGGGUAGAACCUGGCAAGGAACCGGAUCCAAGGCUCAGAGAGGAAGAAGUCAGGGGUGAGGCUGGUGAGAAGGGUUACAUCACGGCUGGCGAGCGAUUAGACCGGGCAUUGAAGGAGCAUGAUGGAGCUGCGGCUUCUGGAAGUAAACUGAAUGGCGGCGCAGUGGCCGGUCGGAGUAAAAACUUGACGCUGGAUGACUGGCUGGCUGAGAGCGAGGAGGAAGAGGAAGAAGAUGACGAAGAAGAAGGCAGCACGGAGGAAGAAACCGAUGAAGAGGAAGAGGAAGAAAGCACGGAUGAGGAUGAUGAAGAGGAGUCUGACGAGGAGGAAGAGGAUGAUGAAGAUGAUGAACCCCAGACUGAGAAGGCCAGGCUCGUAAUAACAUAG